UGCGCGACGGCUCAAUGUCACAUCGAUCCCAGCUCCUGGACAGAGAGAAGGUUCUCCGCUUCAACAGUGCUUGAACGGCAACCUUAGCUUCUGUCUUUCAUCGCAAUCACUUCCUUUAACUCUGAUAAGUUUAGCACGGAGAAACUACUUAAUCUUAAACUAAAGAAUUUAGCUUGCAGCGCUGAAAAAAAGCCGUAAAUCAUCCGCUUUGCUAAACUACGAAACUAAACCGACUAAAGCAACAUGAGCUCUCAGGUGAGACAGAAUUUCCACCAGGACUGCGAGGCUGCCAUCAACCGGCAGAUCAACCUGGAGAUGUACGCUUCCUACGUCUACCUGUCCAUGUCGUACUUCUUCGACAGAGACGACCAGGCUCUGCACAACUUUGCCAAGUUUUUCCGCAAGCAGUCGCACGAGGAGCGCGAGCAUGCAGAGAAACUGAUGAAAGUCCAGAACCAGAGGGGAGGAAGAAUCUUCCUGCAGGACAUCAGGAAACCGGAGCGUGACGAGUGGGGCAGCGGUGUGGAGGCCCUGGAGUGCGCACUACAGCUGGAGAAGAAUGUUAACCAGUCCCUGCUGGACCUGCACAAGGUGGCCUCUGAUCACAACGACCCUCACAUGUGUGACUUCAUUGAGACGCACUACCUGGACGAACAGGUGAAGUCCAUUAAGGAGCUUGCUGAUUGGGUGGCUAACCUGCGCCGUAUGGGAGCGCCUCAGAACGGCAUGGCUGAAUAUCUGUUUGAUAAACACACGCUGGGCAGCGAGAGCAGCUAAAUCGCCUCCACGCCACCUUCACUUACACCAUCCUGCCAUCUUCCUUUUUCCAUUCUUCUACCACACGGUGGUCCAGUUAGACGCGCUCAGUUUUCAGCUCCAGCUUGCUUCCUGUUGCUCGUGAUUUGUCAUUUACCUGAAUGUGCUGUUUUAUUGCUGAAGUUGUAUUCCAAUCAAAUAAAAAAAGUUGCUGGAUCCUGUA